AUGGAAGAUAGCCAUAGCGAGUCCAUCUUCGAUUCGUUGAAUUUGAACCCGCAGCUCUUCAUCAAUGAAGUCCUUAACAUCGUCGACGAUCUCGUCGACGUCGCUUUCACUUUCUUCCUCCAGGAGGCUUCUAUGCUGCUAAAAACUGAGGGCACAGAUCGGUCUGCGGAGCUAAGCAAGGGCAUCUCAUAUGUUCGGAAUUUGAUCCAGUCGACCCUGGACCAGCGUAUGCAGAAAUGGGAAGCGUAUUGUCUUCGAGUUUGUUUCGGUGUACCCGAAGGAUUCUCACUGCCGAAAUCUGAGUUUUCUGGGGAUGAUUUACCAGAACUUGAUGCUUUCACCGAUGCAGAGCUAGAUGAACAGUUGAAUUCAUUGCGUGACAGACUUGCAUUGGUCGGCAAAGAAUCUGCUGAGCUUGGCAGAAAAGUUUGCGCAUUGGAGAGGCAGUCUUUUUCAAGCAAACAGUCUUCUGAGUCCAUUGAUGAAGCACUGCAAUCAUACUUGAAACAAGAUGCCACUCAAUUGUUCCAAGACUUGACAAACAUGGCAUCAGAUUUUCGUGCAAGAUUGCUGAAUUUGAAAAGGAAAAGGAUCGAGGAAAUUCAACGCGACCGAGAGGACAGACAGCGUGCAAGGCUUGUUGAUGAUGUGCUCAGGAUGCCUCGUGGAAAUGGUCUGUUUGUUGCAGACCUGGAAAAACUUCAGGACUUUCUGGAUGAGAUAACGACGUCGUAA